UGUGGAGGGCAGCAAUGCGCCUAACAUGCUCUACUAGUCUGCUGGAAAUAGAAAGAAGAAGAAAAACGAGGAAAAGGCAAAAUGGCGUUUGACGGAGAAUGGCUAAACGCGGGCAUUAUAGUCCUGUGUUUUUAAUUGGUGUAUACAUGUACACAUAUAUGCCGACUAAAAGAUUAAACAUUUUUAGUAAUUGUUUGUUUUUGGAUACAUUAGUCUGAGCGUACGAUGGCACGUCUCGUGCUAGCUUAGUUUGCUAGUUAGCGUAGCUUGUUAGCCGCUAACAAAGAGAGGCGGAAGUUCUCAACACAUCGCUAAGCAGAGAUCAAGUGUGAGUGUAAAGUGUUGUGAUUGUGUGAACAUGUGCGAAAGAACGAUAGCAGAGUACGAGGAGGAACUUUGUCCAACAAAAGAAGAGAAUGAGAUGGACGCUGUUUUCAAGAAACAUCAAAUUGUGACACACAGAACAGACAUCCAGCAGCCCCCCCACAUUAAAGAGGAAGAUCUACAUCCCCUUUUUUUAAAAGAGGAGUAUGCAGAGCCAUCCCACAUUAAAGAGGAAGAGAAGGAAGUGUGGAUCACUCGGGAGGAAGAGUGUCUCCUUGGGCAGGAGGAGGCUGAUCUCACCAAGUUCCCACUGACUAUUGUCUCUGUGAAGACUGAAGACCAUGAAGACAAACCACCUGAGUCCUCACAGCUUCAUCACAGUCCAAAUGUCUGUGAAGAUCAUCUUCUCCCUGAGCACCAGAAGUGGAGCUUCAGAAUGGAGCAGGAGGAGCCACAGACCUCCCACAUUAAGGAGGAAGACGAAGCGUCACAGACUCCUCUCGUUAAAAACGAAGAGGAAGACCCACGGACCCCCCAUAUCAAAGAGGAAGAGGAGGAAAUCAGCAUCAGUCAGGAGGGAGAGCAUCUUAAAUGGUUGGAGGAGUUCCCAGUGAUUGGUGUGAUUGUGAAGAGUGAAGAUUAUAAGGUCAAAGGUGAAAGUGAGGAGAAGAGAGAGGUGGAGCCUCCAAGCAGCAGCUCAAUUCAACACAUGACAACAGAAGCUGAUGGAGACCACACUGAGGAUGAAGACUCUAAAGCUGAUAAGACGUGUCACACUGACAACACAUGCUUAAAAUGUUCUCACUGUGACAAAACUUUUCAACGCCCUGGUGAUCUCAAAAGACACAUGAGAAUACACACUGGAGAAAAACCCUUUUCCUGCUCAGAAUGCGGUAAAAGUUUUUUACGAAAAUAUGUGUUGAACGAACACAUGCUGAGACACUCUGGAGAAAAGCCUUUUUCUUGUUCAACCUGCGGUAAAGAUUUUAUACAAAGUCACUAUUUGAAAGCACACAUGAGAAUACACACCGGAGAAAAACCUAAUACUUGUUCAAUCUGUGGUAAAGGUUUUGUAAGAAGUUCCAAUUUGAAAGCACACAUGAGAACACACACUGGAGAAAAACCCUUUUCCUGCUCGUUAUGUGGUAAAGAUUUUGCUCACAAAAAUUUGUUGAAAGAACACAUGCAAAUACACACUGGAGAAAAACCUUUUACCUGCUCAGCAUGUGGUAAAGGUUUUGCACGGAAACAUUUGUUGAAAGAACACAUGCUGAGACACACUGGAGAAAAACCUAUCACCUGUUCAAUCUGUGGUAAAGGUUUUGUAAGACGUUCCCAUUUGAAAGAACACAUGAGAACACACACUGGAGAAAAACCCUUUUUCUGCUCGUUAUGUGGUAAAGGUUUUGCUCACAAAAAUGUGUUGAAAGAACACAUGCAAAUACACACCAAAGAUAAACCUUUUUUCUGCUCAGAAUGUGGUAAAUGCUUUCCCCGAAAUAAAUUGUUGAAGGAACACUUGAGAACACACACUGGAGAAAAACCUUUUCCAUGCUCAGCAUGUGAUAAAGGUUUUGUACGGAAACAUUUGUUGAAAGAACACAUGAGAAUUCACACGGGAGAAAAACCUUUUUCCUGCUCAGUAUGCGGUAAAAGCUUUGCCCGAAAGAAAUUGAUGAAGGAACACAUGAGAACACACACUGGAGAAAAACCUUUUAUCUGUUCAAUCUGUGGUAAAAGUUUUGCACGUUCAAAUAUGUUCAAAGUACACAUGAGAACACACACAGGUGAGAAAGUGUUGAGUUGCAGUGUGUGCGGUGAAAGAUUCUCUUAUAAGUACCAGUGUAAAAAACACACGUGUGCUGGUGAGAACAGCAGCAGCAAAUGAAGUCAAAACUUUAACUUUGACGUUCUAACAUUAUCAGUACAUUUAAAAUGUGUGACAUCAUUGUUGUGUGAGUAACACUCUCCAUGCAUUCAUUUUCCACCGCUUGUCCCUUUCGAACUUGUUAAUAUGCUUUUACCAUUUAUAAUUGGAUAUUUUAGAUUAUUACUUCUUUCAGUCAAGUACAUGGAUUCAUACACAGCAUUGUGUACUUGUAUUUAAAAUUGUACAGAAUAAUUUAACUGUAAAGGUGACAGUAAACUGUACAAAACAUAUGUGACAUACAUUAAACAUGUUAUGUGUAUAUAGAUAUUCAUAAUUCACUUGUUUUAUAUAUGUUUUUGAAAUAAUGAAGUGUUACAUAUUUUCAAUUCUAAUUGUAAAUGAUUGCAUAGAUUAACUCCUUUAUUUUAUAAACAUAUUUGUUUAACAUUUUUAAUGGUAUUAUUGAGUGAAAAGGACUGCAUUUUAUUUCCAGGGAGAGGUCUGAAAUCACAGGAUUUCGAUGAUGCACGUUCCAUUUUGUUGUUUAUCCUCAAAAUA